CCGCUGGCAACACUGGACUACGCCUCUCCGCUUGCGGACAAGCGCUUCCUUCUGAGAAAUGUCUGCUACUUGUUAGAAAUCUGUAUCUUGUCGGCCUUGUGACCAGCACGACACCACCAUGACCAUCUCCAGCCAGCUGGUGGUUCCCAUGACACUAUGGGGCAAGAUUGCCCCCACUCACUGCAUGUCUUCGGUCUUCAUCACAAAGGACCAGAAGAUGAUCGUCACAGGCUGCAAAGACGGCCAAAUAUGUGUCUGGGACAUCGUGGAUGGGGCGAAAUCUUUGCAGAUUGUGCCUCGCAGCAUGCUGUUUGGCCACACUGGUCCAGUACUGUGCCUGGCCAGUGCCUCUCCAUCUGGGGACGGCUCCUUGCUGGUCAGCUCCUCCGAGGCCGGUGAAAUGUCUUUGUGGGACCUGACAGACGGCAGGUGCCUGGAGAACACCAAGCUUCCCUAUGUUCAUACGCACAUGCAGUCCCACUCACUUUCUGGGAGUGAAAGCUCUCAUCUGUUCUGCAACGGCUACUAUGCGGACGUCGUUGUCCUCGACACAAUGACAUUGACUGUGGCCUUCGAGUUGGUGUCACGCGUUUCCUCGGAUUGGAUCAGUGCCAUGCAUGUUAUUAGAACACCUAAACGAAAUGAUGACGUUGUCGUAGCCAUCUCCGCUUGCGGCAUGGCCAAGGUCUGGACUCUCUCACCCGAGGAUUACAAGUCUUCCAGCCCACUGUACGAGGAUGAGUCCAAGACCCUCAAGUGCCUGAACACCCUGUGCCUGGCGUGCUGCGCCUACAACCAGCGCACCAUACUUGUGGUGACGGCCAAGUGCUGGCAUAUCUACGAUGCAUACGACUUUGCGCUGCUUUGUUCAACGGACAACCGGCCAGGUGAGCGAUGGAUGGGAGGGGACUUCAUCUCUGCUGACCGAGUGUGUGUGUGGAGCGACAAGGGUCGAGGCUACCUCUACCAGCUUCCAGCCAACAAACUGAAGGGAAAAGCAAUUAGUGCCAUUGCCGACAGCAGAGAGUUUCGAACCGGGCCCAACACCGAAGACAACACUUUCCUCUUCUGUGUACUCGCUGUUCCCAAUGAUGAGAGACUUGUGUGCCCUCCUGCUAUGGGAUACUUCUUGGGCUCACGAGGUGGCUUUCACAAAGUGCUCCUGAGAGGAGACUCAAAUGGUCGGGUUGUUCUAUGGAACAUUGUGGACGUAGCCGCUUCCGAUGUAGCUCGCAUGCGCCAAGAGGUGAAUGCUGUUGUCCAAAUGCAGCCUUUCCUGAGUCUUGCUUUGCAAGAGGCUUGGGAUGAAAUGAAGCCUCCACCACCUGGCAUACUGGACAAAAUGGAGCUGCCCGGGGAAAACCAAGAGCUUAAGCUCACUGCCAGCGUCUACCUGCCCCUGCAAGGACGCCUGGUGGUCGGCAGGGAAGACGGCAGCAUCGUCGUCGUGUCGGCCACCCAAGCCGUCAUGCUGCAGCUCCUGUAUGGGAAGCACCACCAUGACGACCGCCCACAACACCAGCUGCUGCAUGGCCACAAUGGUCGGGUGACGUGCCUGCUGUAUCCAAACCACGUGCACUCACGCUAUGAGAUUGCCCACCUGGUGUCGGGGGGCGUGGACUUCUCAGUCUGUCUGUGGGACCUGUAUGCGGGGACCCUGCUGCACCGUUUCUGUGUCCACGCGGGCGAAGUCACGCAGCUUCUCGUGCCCCCGAGCAACUGCAGUACACGAGUGCUGCAGAGCAUCUGCAGUGUGGCCAGUGACCACUCGGUGGCUCUGGUGAGCCUGAAGGAACGCAAGUGCAUCAUGCUGGCCUCUCGGCACCUGUUCCCCGUCGGUGUGGUCAAGUGGCGACCCUUCGACGACUUCAUGGUGGUCGGCUGCUCGGACGGCUCGGUCUACGUCUGGCAGAUGGAGACCGGCCACCUGGACCGGGUACUGCAGGGUCUGGCAGCAGAGGAGGUUCUGAGUGCGUGCGACGAAUACACUGGCCACCCGGGAGAGCGCAUGACGAACCCCGCGGUGCAUCUGUUCCGGGGUCUGCGCCACCGUAACAUGGCUGCCAUUCGGCAUGCAGCCCAGCGCGGACUGCACCACCUACAGCAGCAGCACCACUCGUCGCACCACCAUGCUCCCGGACACCAGCACGGAAUGGGCCAUGAUGUGGGCGACAGUGCCCAUGCUCGCUCCCGGGCGCACCCGCUCAUGAUACAGGGGCUCCGGACCAACCCCGUGGAUCAGGACAGCCAUGUGCUCUUCUUCGACAUUGAGGCACUCAUCGUACAACUACUGUCUGAAGAAUAUUCGGGGAUGUCGCCAGGCACCCUGGAGUCUCAGGGCCUCAUCAACCAGUCGGAGUACCAGAAGUACCUCACCUUGUCCUCCUCACCAGAGACGCACAAGAAGCUCUCAGGUUUCAUCGCCAAAGUAAAAGACACCGCAGAGACUGCAGCAUCAAGAAUUCAAGCCAAGGCAGAGAGCGUUGGCAUCAAGACGUCCCAAGCAGAUGCUUCAGGAGGUGGCAAGCCGGGAGAUGCAAAGAAUGGAGUCACUGGGGCGGGUGGUGCCAAGCACAAGCACCUGAGUCUGGCCGAGACCAACCUGACCAUGGAGAUUGCUCAGCUGUUGCUGUCCCUCCUACAUGCUUGGGGUCUCGACAACGACCUAGACAAGGCGUGCGAAGGCACACUGGGCCUGCUCUGCCCCAUGCGACCCAUCUGCUUUGGCCUGCUGUCACGAGGCAGCCACAUGAGCCUGCUGCUGCCCACCCACACUUACCGCAUGCUGCCCCCUUCCCAUGAGGCAGCACCAAUCAGCAGCAGCAAGGAGCGCAAGGUGGUGACCAUGCCGGUGCCCAAGGAACAGAUUGAAGAAGAGGAGCGGGCUCGGCGCUUCUCGUCGAGAGGCCACUGGGAGUUGUCAACGGCCGUCACAACCAACCACCUGCUGUCAGUGAUUGCCCUGGCCAAUACGCUCAUGUCCAUGAACAGUGCCACCUUUGUGCCCGACCAGGAGAAGCGCCGGAAGCUGCACAGGCGGCUGAGCCGUGCGGACAGCCGUGCCUUCAUGAUGUCGCCCGGGGAGGCCGGUGGCGGCGGCGGUGUGGACGGCAGUGCUGCCCUGGCCGCCAUACAGGAAGCGCUGUCGCAGCAGCAGGCUCACAUCAAGCAGGGCUGGAGCUUGCUGGCUGCGAUGCACUGCGUCCUGCUGCCUGACCAUGUGCGCACGCCCGAAUUCAAGCGACCGCAGGUCGAAAUGCUUGCGCGCCGGUGGCAGGACCGUUGCCUCGAGGUGCGCGAAGCAGCCCAGGCGCUGCUACUCGCGGAGCUUCGGCGGAUUGGCCCCAAGGGUCGCAAGACGGUUGUGGACGAGUGGGCCGUCUACCUGCCGAACUACGGCGAGGCCUUCCUUGCCUCGCCCUAUGCCUCGGGUGCCGGAGGCGCCGCACCGGUGCCUCAGGCAGGACAGGUGGCACAGCAGACGCCCAAUGCUGCUGGCCUGAGCAGCGUUGCAAUCGAGGGCAACGUUGCGACCUACCAGGUGGGAAGCGCUGCCCCCAGCCGAGCCUCCUCGGGAGGGAACACUCCCUCAGGGGCCCAGCCCAAGGUUGACACGCAGUCAAUACGAACCAGCGACGGGCAGAACUCCUCGGAGGAAGAAGACGAAGAGGAGAGAGAAGGUGGGGAGGCGACCACCAAGCAUGCGUGGAGUGCCGCCGAGGCCCGCCGUAAGCAGUCGACAGCCAUUGUUCUUCUGGGUGUGAUCGGAGCAGAGUACGGUCACGAGAUUGAACAGAGCAAGCGGAAGGGCACCGACGACCAGAAGAAGAAGUCUGUCGUGGACGGAUUUGGGCCCACGAACUACUCCCUCGCAUGGCACACGAGCCAGGCGCUGGCGUACCUGCUGCUGACGCCCGCGUCUCCGGCUCUGCCUGCACACACAUCGCUACGCCGAGCAGCCAUCGACCUGAUUGGCCGGGGCUUCACGGUCUGGCAGGCACACAUGGACGUAUCACGUGUGCUGCUUGGCCUGCUUGAACUAUGCUGCGAUUCGGACAAGCUCGUGCCCAGCAUGUCGUACGGGCUGCCGCUGACACCGGCGGCAGAUUCGUGCCGCACAGCGCGGCACGCGCUGUCCCUCAUUGCGACGGCGCGUCCGCCAACGUUCAUCACGACGCUGGCCCGCGAGGUGCACCGCUACAACACGCUCGCACAGAAUGCACAGUCGCUCAACAUCUCGCUGCACCAGACGGUGCUGAGCCGUGCGCGGCCCGAGAUAUUGCGCAUCGUGGAGCUGCUCAUCGACAAGAUGCAGACGGAGGUGGCCGACCUGCUCGUUGAGGUGAUGGAGAUUGUGCUGCACUGCCUGGAUCACACACAGUUGAAGAUGCGUGGCCUCAAUGAACUGUUUCCUGCCAUUUGCAGAUUCCACAAUGUCAGCUACUGUGGGGCAACGAGGCGCAUCGCUGUUGGAGCCAAGAGCGGCAACCUGACUAUCUAUGAACUGAGGGCCUCCAAGUCGCAGAUAAUACCGGCCCACUCAACAACUGUGGUUGCCUGCACGUUCUCCCCCGAUGGCAAAUACCUGGCCACCUAUUCCAGUGGAGAGAACAAGCUCUGCUUCUGGCAGACUGCAGCCGGUCUGUUUGGGCUGGGCAAUGCACAGACGCGCUGCGUGCGCACCUACCCAACGCCCCCGCUGCCAGACAGCGUGCGUGCCAACCCACUCAAGAUGGCCCAGCUGGUGUGGAUCACCAGCCGCACCGUCACCCUCAUGCUGACAGACGGCUCUGAGCACCGAUUCACCCUCAGUUAAUCCACCACUUUAUAUCCUCUUCGCCAGAAGUACAUACCCACUCCCACCAUUCGUUGUGAUUAUGGCUGCGCCAGCUUCGCAUGGCCAGAAGGCCAGGGGCGCCUCAGCGCAUUGUGAUGUGCUUGCCAGUCGUGCGGUUACUAUGUGUGAAUUACUGCAGAGAAAAAGAAUGUCGGAAGCGUGUGAGUGCCCGUUUUUGGGGGGGCAACGUCAACUUCUCUGUGGCCCUCCAUCCCCAAGCCCUCACUGCUGUAUAUUCCCCGCAGUUUUUCACCUCGCAGCUCAUGGCUUGUACCCACUAGCCACCUGAAGGUUUGAUUUGUGGAAUGAAUACAGCAAGGCCGCACGACAUGAAAUGCAUUGUAUAUCGCCGCUUUUUUGAAAAGCCUAUUAUCUGCACUUAACGAGUAUUGUUUCUGCAGACGAGUUAGUGCAAGAGGUGUGUGAAUGCCUGCAAACUGGCAGAAGAGGCCGAUAGGUUGUAUUGCAGACUGGACAGUAUAGGACGAUAAUGUUGCAUCUCUUGGCAUUGACUUGUAAGCUUGUGUGGAGUCACUAUACCAAUUAUAUGUUGCAUCUCUGUAUGAACUUAAUGCAGUAUCCACUGGAUUACAAUCAAAGGUGCCCAGAGUGAUGCAUUUCAGGUGCAGCCUUCUGAAACUGUCCCUAUGAGUAUAGGUGUUGCAGAUGCCAGAAAUUUAAUGAUGUUAUCAGGAGCAGGCCACUACUGUGGGAAUAAGAACGGUUCUGUCUUGUAAAUUAAGUAAAUAAUAUACAAUUUUACUUCACCUCUGCACUCUAGCUGCAGGAAGUGACAGCCAAGAGCAACUCUCUGGGCUAGGCACGUGUGCGCCUGUCUUUAGCAUGAACAACAGCAAGUGAUAGGACAAGAGAUGUACCGUAUUUAAUCAUGUGAGACCCACACCUUUCUCUGUAACCUGGGCACAGCAUGUUGUUUUUGCAUAAGUCGAGCACACGACUACCCGCUAGAACUUGUAGACGAUGUCGGGAACGAUGAACAAAGUAAUGCUCACACUGGCUACAAACUACUCACAUUCGCUUAAAAUUUAGCACAGUUGAUCACGCCUCGCAUCUCUCUUCGUUGCUUCCACUCUCGAUGUCGCUCCCAUUGUCACCAGACCUUAUUACUUCAUCGGCACGUUCUAAAAGACCUGCGUCAUUGGUGCCGUCCUAGCUGUUGGAUAUUCCAGGAAAUUGGUGAUAGUAUCAGCUGAUACUGAACGCCAUACGUUCCAAAUCGAAUCAUUAAUUAACUCUUUUCUUUUGCUUCAAAUUUUUUACCUCUAAAGUCGAAGGUGUGGGCCUCCUACGAGUAAAUACGGUACACACGGGACUGAUGUCCUGUGUUCUAUUGUCUACACUGCUCACAAUGUUGAACAAUCACCAACUAGCCCAGCUUUGAACGCUCUUCAUAUAGGCAGCUGCAGUUCCUACUUUAUUUAUAUGCAGCUUUUGUUUCCGUUAUGCCACAAGAAAUCAGUUCAUAAUUUCUGACCAUUGAUGCUGCGUGAGCAAAAUGAUGCCAUCACACUUGAUGCCCUGUCAUGAUGCCAUCAUUAAAUAUGGCUUCUCUCUACAAAAAUUCAUUCGGAGCCCCUUUUUCUGAAAUUAUAUUUCGCCGCUGCAACUGUAUUAGCCAAUCAUGAUUGGCUGCAUCAACAUAAGUGCAAAACGAGUAGUUUGUGCUGCUAGAAAUUUCCAGCACGAUAGGUAUGUUGCUGCUGCUUUGCCACAGAGGCAAAAAGCGCGAGAAGACUCAUGCUAGGAUACGACAGGACAGUUCCUAGCAGCUGAUUCUCUUUACCUAGGAGAUGUGCCCUGUCUCAUCAUGGUCUUCAUCUUGAUCCAUUUGCAUGGUGUUUAUACAUAAUGCCCCACUAGAUAGGUCAAGGUAAAGUAUGGCCUAUAUUCCCCUGGGCAGUAAUGGCUUGCUUGGCAGUUGGCAUAAUUAAACCUAGUGCAAGCAUAAGCAGUGGAUGUGCUAGACUCUGUAGGAGCUGGUGUCCAGAGCUGGCUCGAACAGCUGCAUGGCUAGCUGCUAGUGAGCGGCUUGUCUUGAUCUUUACUGGCUAUUAACCGAGAACCCAACAGUAGUAGUUGUUGGGCAAGUUGGUUGAUACUCGUGGAAGUUAUCAUGUGGCAAAUGAGAUGGAUGCAAAGAACAGGAGACAGGAUAUUACAGACAGCAUAAAUUAAAAAAAAAAAAUAGAAGGAGCUCCUGUGCUGCUCUGUUUAGUGCUCUUAAUGGCCAUCUUGUCUUCAUUACGUUUACUGCUCCAAGCGUUGGCCACAGCUUCUCUUACAGUAGCAGCCUGCCUUGCAGUUGGUGUGGUAAACCUAGUAGGAGCAGGUGCAGUGCCUGCAGACUCUCUGUUAAAUGAGUGUUUUGAGCAGACUCGGCAUGACUACUGCUUGGUCAGGGCUAGCUGCUAGGGAGCGUCUGCUGCCACUGGCACUUGAAACCAAGAGCAGGAGUCGUGUCCUGGAUAUCACUUUUAGUGGACCUUGAUUUUCUAAUCCAAUGAGCAGAAUGUGCACGUUGCUUCAGUUAAGUGUUGUGCCAGAUGCUACAUUAUGCAAAAUUGAAGGUAUCCCUGAAAUUAAUCAAUCAAAAAUUAGACCUCAGAUCUCAGGCUCUCGUGAGGGUUGUUUGUAGGCACACAGCAUUUUCUCGCUCCAUCAUCUGGAAAAAAAAAAAAAAGGCUCAUUCAAGUGAUGUUUUGCCGCCAUUUAUUUAAUUGGCACAUCGGCUCUAAAUAUAUGAUGAAUUCAACUUAUUUUAGAAGGAGCUACUGAUUGCUCUGUUCACUACUCAUCGCUCGGAAGUAAGCGCUCUGAUCAUGCUUCACUCUGGAUCGCACCAAGUGUUGUCACAUGCUUUGACAGCGGAGCAAGAAAGAACAAUUCACCAUAAAGCAAAAGUUGUGAUCAAAUGACCAGUGGAAAACUAAAAUUUGUUCUGAUGGAUAAGAAAAAAGGAAUUCUUCACUGUUAAGCUAAGAAAAAAAAGUUAACUUUCAUCUAGCCUUUCAUGCGAAGCGCUGCACAAUUGUUCACUGUGCUGGUAACUUUUAGCCCUUAGGCUUUUUUUUAUAUUGCCAUAUGUUUUCUGGGAACCUUCCCAUUUCUUUUUCUUUUUUGAACUGCUUUGAAGCACGAGAAAAUGUUGUCCUAUGGCGAUUACAUAAAUCAUGCACGGAUCACUUCUGGAGCCUUUAUGGACUGUCCAGUUAUGCAUGUUCCUUGCAAUGUAAUGUUCGAAAUAUUUAGUGUACAGGUAAAAUAUUGUAUGAUUUUCUACAUAUAUUAUAGGGAGUUUUUAUCCAAAGUGUGCUGGUGUUGUUUGUAAACAUUUUGCAGCAUAUCUUUAUUUUUCUGUACUGAUAUUGGUUCCUAAUGUUGUUUUUAUAUAUUGCUGAAUGCAUGAGUCACUACAUUGAGCAAAGCUGUAUUGUAAAUGAGCUCAAAACUGUUGUACACUUCAGUAAUACCAGCUGGUUUUGAUUGCUGCUUUUAUGUUACUGUUGUUUGCUUCCACUAUGUGGUCUUGUUUCACUGAAAACAUGAGCUGAUGACACAAGACGAGCAAGUGUCCAGAGUUUGGAAUGUGUACAGUACAGGUGAUGGUAGGUGUAUAGCUUUAGGGAAUUUGCAUGUGUAGUUCGCAUAAAAAGUUGGUGAAUGCUGUAGACUUUCUUUCUUCAUAAUUUACUUUGCAGGACGUAUUGCUUAUUUACACAAUAAUGUGUGUUUUUGUUUGCUACCUUGUGGAUAUUUGGAGUGUGCCCGUAAUGCAUAUCACUGUAGAAAUCUCCACUCGCUUUUGUUACAUUGCGUAUGUGACACUUGCAUGCUAAUCCAGUGGAAGGUUUAAUUAUGCAUCAACAUUUGUUGCAAUUCCUAUUACAUCCCCAAUCCGCAGGGCAUUCCUGAGAUUGGAACCACACACCAAUUAUGUCAUACACAGGCGCAGAAAAAAAAUUAAAUGCUCUUGAUGGCCACAUUGUGCUUGGAAGAGCAAAUCGUGGGCAUUUGUGAAACUUUGGUAGGUAAUGAAAGAAACUGUGCUUUGGAACAGGACAGAAGGCAGACGACGCAGAGCAGACGGUACUUGCUGUUUUAUAGUAAAGCAUUGUUUCUUUCACUACACAAGUAUGCACCAACCAGACCGGAUUAGCACUCUAUUGUGAAACUUCUUUACUUAUGGAGAUGUGUGAAAAUUUUACUCUGGGAGUCGUAUCAUACUGGUAUGAAAAAGUGAGUUUGAUGAUUACAUUGUUCAGAAAGUCUUCUUUGCUAGAAGUUGCCAAACAGUUUCUAUCCUAUCACGAAAUUUUGCUGCACCUUCUGAUAAAAAAUUUUCACGCAUCUCCACCGGUAUUGAAGAGGAUAUUUAAAUCGAGCAGCCAAGUGGCUACAAGCAGCCCCACCUCCACAUUAAAGCUGUAGGCAAUGUUCUUUUGGUUUUAUUAAUGCACUGAGAAUUGCCACCUAUUUCAAAUUAGAUUAACUUCAAAUCCAUUUUUGGGGAGAGUGAGGAAUGCAGGAACUGCACCAAAAUGUAAACUUAAAUGCCAAAGAUGUCGAUGCCGAAAGCACUUCAUGUCUCUCGUUUCUUCUCCCCAUCUUACGCUACGCUUUAUCUGAAUUUACUUCAGUGUGAACUUCGAAAACGUGAGCACCAAUCUACGACAUUUGUAACAUGCAAGAUUGGGCUGCUUCGUUCUAUAUGAUUAAUAGUUAGAGGAACAUAAACAACAAUUGCUGUGCGUUGGUAAACGCAGUCGUCCUUGUUUGUAAAGCACAAGCCUUAUGAAUUUUUUUAAAACAUGCGGCAUAUCUUCUUUUGUGUGUUGCCUUGGCUCAAAUUAUAGGGCCCCCGUGGAUACAUUUCCUAGCAUGCCUUUUUCUGUGUUCUUGCUGAGCUCAAGGAACCAGUUUGGAGCUUACAAAUAGAGGCAACUUAUGCAUGUUUUGUUUUUGUUUUCUACUGGCAAAUUAGCCAUGGAGUGCUGAAGAAAAAAGGCGGGAAGCGAGAACUAUUUAAUUGCUCUUGAUUCACUCGGGUGCUCCUGUGUCACAGCUUUCUUUGUUUUGCUGAUAUUUUAUCUAAGUACACGAGUAAAUAGUCAUGCUCACCUAAGGUAGCACAAGAUUGCUUUGUUCACUAUGAUCACAGUGCUUUUAUUAUGUUAUUAUGUCAGAUGUGAUCUCGUUUGUGCAAACGCAAACACGCAGUCUUGACAAAGAUGAACAAGAUGCUGUGCGUGAUGCUGCUAUCUCAGUGUCGAUUCUUUAGGGAUCAUUUUAGCAGUUGUGUAAGAAUCAUGCACAAGAAAUGUGUCAUCUGGGUCCUUUGUAUUGUGCAACCCUGUAUAUAGUAUGGCCUAUUAGUUAAGACACUCUAUAGAUUUAAGACUGUUGUCCUAGGUUUACCAAACUUUACAACUGUUACUUGUUUUGAAGAUUGCGCAUGCCCUGAACUGCAAGCAUGUUCUUUGCUGUAACUAGAGCGAAGUGAUCACGAUAUGACUGGAAGGAUGUGCACUUGUGUAAAAUCAAAAUUGCUAUAAUGUUUGAUUCUUACGAGCCAUCACUACUUGUGAUGUCUGCUUAAAGUGGAGGGGAGACCUGUUUAGGCUAGUUGAUGAAACUCUCUAUGUUUAUGUACACUAGAACCUUGUUAGUACGAACUCCAAGAGGACCGGACAUAUAUUCGAAUAAAAUAGAGUUUGAACUAAGGAGAGCCCCUUUAAAUAUUAUGCCACAUCGACUGUGCAGUACAGUGCACUAAACCAAAACCCAAGUGCGACAAGAUUGCACCUUGCACGUCGUCUGCUGAGAAUACGAGGGAAAAUGUGCGAGGCUGAGCCAAGAAGGGCGAUGGCUUGAUGUUGGAGAUGACGUAAUUGAGUGCACGCUAGGAGGGGGGGUGUCGGUGAGUGUGCAGUAAUUGAUCAAGCUCAUGCUAGGAGGGAGGGGAGGGGUGCAAGUGAGCGUGGUAACAUGAUCAAGCGCACACUGAGGCUCCUUCCUGCUCCUUUCAAGCUGAAAGGGAAAGCAGGGUGUGUGCCACUCUGCUUGCUCAGUGCAGUUCGGUCUCGGUUUCCCGCACCUCUUUCUUCUAAAUUAUGGUAUCGAACCUUCGCCUUUGGCUUAGGUUUCUCCGAAAAGGCGUCCACGUGAGUGAGACAUUUUGUUUGAAAUAACCAUUACGUAGUUUUCAUAGUUCAAAUUCACGGAAGUUUUUCUCUGUUCAAAUACCCAGGACUUUGCCAGGACCAAGAAAGAAGUUCCAAUUGUCCGUCAGUUAAAAUGAGGAGAUUUAGAAUUAUCGGGACUUGACUCUGUUCGUAUGUACCGCAUUCACACGUUUUUUUUUUUUUUUUUCCGAGGGGGACCAGGGGGGCGGGUCGACAACUGGAAGUUUAGCAAGUUGGUAGGGUUUCAUGGUUCCCAAAAACAGACGUGCAAGAUAUGAACGCUAGUAGAACAAGAACAACAGCACAAACAUCCUUUUCGUACUACUUGCAUCUGUGUUUUGCAUGCCUGCCUGUCAGUGCCAGCAUUUUAUUUCAUCACUUCUUUUUCUUACUACAAUUGAAUUUUGGAUGACCUAUAUAUCAGGUUUUACUGCUGGCAGCUCCGUAAUUUUUUUGUUGUUGUUGUUAAUAAAGCAGCUCUUGUAGAAAGCAAUGAGACCAAAAUUCUUCUGAAAGUUGUUAUAGAAACAUUCCUCAACAAACAUGUUUUUCUAAUCUGCCAGAAGUUUUUUUGAAAAAGUUUGUUCAUCUUGUAACUCUGGUCCAAGUUGGUCUACAACUUCAAUUUAUGUUUAUAAGUCAUGUUGGACAUUCCAGAUCAAAUCAAAUCAGUUUAUUUUCAUCUAAAGAAUGAGGGCAGGCUCGGAAUAAAAAUGACAUUAGUCACUUGAGGGGAACCCGAGCCUCCAUUCUGACAUCAUUCUGACGUGCCAAUAUUUCUAUACUCUUGUGGCUUCGUAACAAAGUUGCCCUAACAAGAUCACUGCCUUACGAAUUGCACAUUAUACAAGAAAAAAUCAAAAGAAUUCGGCACGUCAGAAUGCAUAGGAUGUGCUUGCCAGUUUAUAUUCACAAAUGUUCCCUCCAAAUCAAGAAGAUAAAGUUCAUAAGAACUGUUUAUUACACAAAAAUAAUAUAUUCAGUGCACCAUAAUUAUGUGGAGUGCAAGUUUCAUCAAUUUGUAUUGACAAAAUGAAAAGUUUCAAAAAUGAGGUCUCCCCUUGACAUGAAACAAGGAUAUCACAUGUAGGAAUCGUUGAUUUACUUUCGUUGUUUCUGUAUGGAAGCACUUGACAUCUGACUGUAGCAUCUGAAUAUGUUCACAUUUGUGUAUUGAGGCACCUUACACCUGGUGGCAGAAUUGAAGGUGUAGCAUAUCUGAAUAUGUUGACCAUCUUUUGCAUUGAAGCACCUGACAUUUAGUGGCAAAGUGUGAAGUGUAGCAUCUGAGUAUGUUGUCUAAGAGGCUCAGUACUACUAUUAGCAUGCCAGUCUUUUUUUCCAUUGUGUUCCACAUUAUUUUCUCUUGCUCUUUGUGUUUCAGGAUCACGCUCUCUAUGUGCUAACUUCUUAACAAGCUGCUGCUUCAGGGAACCUACAUGACCUUACAUGCAGGACACACAAAAACGAUAAGGACCCCUGUAUUUUUCUGUUUGAUCCACGAAUACUUCUCAAGUCAUGCCUUUGCAAGAGCACGGUGAAGACCAGACUGAAAAUAACAAAUCGCGAAUGUUUUCUUUCCUCUAUUAUCUGCUCACUCACAGGUUACACCCUCGCUGGAGAAUGUGUAAUAGGUGUUUUGUAUUGGGAAAUCUGUUUGUGCUCAUCUAUGGCUCAGGCAAGACAUCUGGACCUUUUCCUAUCUAGUCGGAUAGUGUGAAGCAUGCCUGCAUUUUCCCUUGAUCCAUUGCCGAAAGAGGUGAGCAGUGCUUGCUCACGUUGUGCAUCCGAGAUAACGAGUUCUCGACAAGUGUUGGUUCACUAACUACACAGGACAUGUCGAGGUUCAUCCAAGGAUGCGAUGUGUAUAUUUGAAUUCUGCACAAUUGCCUGUGUUAAAAUGUUAUACUAAGUAUACAUGCGCUAAUAAAUGUGUUGAUUCAAUGUG